UCAUUUUCUUUCCUUUCAUUUUAUUUUAACUCACACGAGAUCAAGACAGCGCCAUGCCCACUCCGACCAAUAACCUAGCAGCGGUUUUGACGGCGGCGUUUAUUAUCACCACCGCGGCGCCCUUUGCCGGAGCGGAGACGCACCAUGUCGUCGGCGGCGACAGGGGAUGGGACGUGGAUUCGAACAUUGCGUCUUGGUCGGCCGGUCGAAUAUUCAGAGUCGGAGAUAAGAUCUGGUUCGCGUACUCUGUGGCACACGGUAACGUGGUGGAGCUGGAAAGGAAGGAGGAAUACAAAGCGUGCGAUGUAAGCAGGUUCAUCAGGGAGUAUAGGGACGGCAUAGAUAUCGUGGCCUUAAACGGAGAGGGAAUCCGCUACUUCGCGAGUAGCAGAGCGGAGAGGUGCAAGAAGGGCCUCAAACUGCAGGUGCAUGUGGAGGCCCAACAACAGAAGGCGGAGACGACAGGAGUUGGAUCGAGGGACGACAUGUCGGAGGGGGAUGGUGAGUCAGCAGCAGUUCCACCAUCCCCUUCCACGUCUUCAACGCCCUUCGCCAUUUCUUAUGUCACUCUCUCCCUUUUGCUGGCUGGCCUUGCCUUUACUUAUUGGAUCAGCUAAGCCCGAAUCACCGCUGCGGUGAUUGCUGAGUGAAAGCGUAAUGAUAUGUCCAUGUGUGAAACUGGUUUGGAUGAGGAAGAAUUGGGAGGAAAUUAAUAGAGAUGGAAGGUAGUUGAUAGUUGUGGUCUGUAUUUAUGAGUAUUAUUCAAUGUGGUCAGCCAUGCAUUUCUUGGUUU